UGAUCAAUAAUUUUAAGAUAUUUUCUGAUGUUUAGUUUGUAAAUAUUAUUAUAGUUUUAAAUGUAUUUUAUUGUGUCUCACUGUUUUCUUAUUCAGUUUUUCAUCCUCUGUGAAACACUGAACUGGCCUUUAUCAAACCUGCUGUUUAAAUAAAUAGAUAAAUAUAUAAAUAUAUAUAAAGGUCCACUUACCAGCUUCCUCUUCUGCUUUCAGUCGUAUCUCAUGGUCUUCAUCAGUGAAUUUGGCUACAAGAUAAAAUGAUUUGAUAUUAAGCUGCCAACAGAUUCAUCCCUGUGACAGCUGAACUGAAGAAAACUGUGCAGUGAUGGUUGAAAGCUCAGGGAAAACUGUAAUAGUUAAAGGGCCUCCGGCCUCAUUAAAUAUUUAAAUGAGAUUUUAAUAAAAUAAUGAAACUCACAGUGUAUCAGCUGAUGUUUUCCUUUCUAUCUGUUGAACCUGUUUAACCCCCGACUCACCUGUUGACUCUCACUUCCGCGUUCUUCUUUAAAAACUACAAAAGUCCAUUUAAUAUCAGGCGGAGUGAUAUCCGCUCAUUUACUCCCUGAUAUUUGCUCAUCCAGCAAAUCAGAGCCGAACUGCUCAGCCAAUCAGGAGGCGCCCCUAAAACCCGACGGCCCUACGUCACUGUCAGGUCAUCCAAUCCAGACAGAGUCCCCCCUCCACCCCUGCCUCACCCCCCCUCUCCGUUUCCUCCUCUCAAACUUUGGACUUGCAGCUAAUAGAUGAUCAGUUUUAUUAUCUUUCAACUUGUGCAGCUCGGCUCAGAAACCGGCUCCUGUCGUCCUGGUUCUGAAGUGGAUCCGGACCCGGGACUGUCUGCGCGGGAACCUGAACUCUUUUCUUUUGGGGGUUUUGGUUCUAGGUGGAGGAUUUGGAUUUGUGUGGCGGACCGGGUCUGACAUGGGUUUUGAAUGUGAGUCCAGAGAAGAGCGGGUCUUGGUUUAGUUCUAGUCCGGACUCUGUCAGGUGCGCAGGGCCCCAGACCCCCACAGAGACCUGGUCCAGCCGUCCCGGAUCCUCCAGAGAGGUGGUAAUGUUAGCGGUGGGUCAGAUGGACGGGUCCCGACAGAGCGCCUUCCUCCUCAGCACCCCCCCCCUGGCAGCUCUGCACAGCAUGACCGAGAUGAAGACCCCGCUGUACCCGGCGUACCCGCUCUCCUCCACCGGCCCCAACUCCUCUACCUCACCGGCCACCACCUCUCCCAACCCGGGCGGCAUGGCCGUGUCCUCCCCGGGGAUCAAGAGCUCCACGGGGCUGUCCUCGGGGCUGGGCUCCCCGCAGCAGUGCUCCUCCGCCACCCCGCACGGGAUUAACGACAUCCUCAGCCGGCCCUCCGCCUCCUCCGCCGGCGCCACGGUGGCAGUGGCCGCCGCCGCCGCCGCCGCCGCCUCCUCCUCCGCGGGGAUCCUGUCAGGGCUGCCCCGGUUCAGCAGCCUCAGCCCCCCGCCGCCUCCCGGACUUUACUUCAGCCCCGGCGCCGCGGCGGUGGCGGUGGCCCGGUACCCGAAGCCCCUGGCGGACCUGCCGGGGAGGACGCCGAUCUUCUGGCCGGGAGUGAUGCAGAGUCCGCACUGGAGGGACGCGCGGUUCGCCUGCUCCCCCCACCAGAACUCCGUGUUACUGGACAAAGACGGGAAGAGGAAACACACCCGGCCCACCUUCUCCGGACAGCAGAUCUUCGCCCUGGAAAAGACUUUCGAACAGACCAAGUACCUGGCGGGGCCGGAGAGAGCGCGGCUGGCCUACUCCCUGGGCAUGACGGAGAGCCAGGUGAAGGUGUGGUUCCAGAACAGACGGACCAAGUGGAGGAAAAAGCACGCGGCGGAGAUGGCCUCGGCCAAGAAGAAGCAGGACUCGGAGACGGAGCGGCUGAAGGGGACGUCGGACAACGAGGACGAGGACGACGACUACAACAAACCUCUGGACCCGAACUCUGACGACGAGAAGAUCACACAGCUGCUGAAGAAGCACAAACCGGGCUCCGCGCUGCUGCUGCACACGUCCGAGAACGACAGCUCGUAACUGUGGGGCCAGACUCUGGGGGGGUCCGCUGCAGACCCCGGUCCUUUUGUUUCCUUGUGUUUUUGCACGGUGGAGGAGGAGGGGGACUCCGGUACCGGACACGGACCCGUUCAGGCCCAAAACACGGAGGAGGCGCGACUUUAUUGUAAAUAGAACCGUGAGUUGUAAGAAUAGAAAAUAUCUGCUGUGAAUAAUUUAUGUGUUUUGUACAGACGCACUGAUCCCAGACCUGGUCCCAGACCUGGUCAGAACUGAUCCCAGAACUGAUCCCAGAACUGAUCAGAACUGAUCAGAACUGAUCUCAGACCUGAUGAUUUUCUUUUUUUCUAUUUCACGCUGACAUUUCUAAAAAAAAUACUAAAAACAACCACAAACUUUUCCUCUUCUGCGGCUCCGUGAAGGCCUCCUGACCCACCAGUCUCAAAUUAGGAGGAGCACCUGAACGCACCGCACGCACCUGUACAUACACAAACACACACACACACACACACACACACGCGCGGUUUUUAUUUAUGUGUGAGUUGAGUGAAGCCUGCAGCUGUGUAUCAUGGCGGGUAAAUGUAAUGCACUUUUAUUUAAUAAAAACUCAAAGGUUUGCUUCUUGUUUUCAUCACGUUCAUUCAUUUAAUUAAUGCAGGUUUUAAAUCAUUAAUAACUGAUAUUGAUUAAUUCAUUAAUAAUAACGGGCAGAAUGGCCAGUUAAUUACCAGCCCCAAAAUCUUAAUCAAUAUUCAUCAUGUCACCCUUUUA